AUGGCAGCGGCAACUCUCAUUCGCAAGGCACUGCCUCAACUCGACGACCCCGUGGUCGACUACCUCGACGGGUACAUCAACGAUGCAGCCGACGAUCCUGCCGAGGAUCUCUUUGAGACCGUGGUGAAACCCAUGCUGGAAUCCGCCUGCAUCUCGGACCCUUCUUCGUCCAAGCAGGUGCAUGCUUUGUUGCCCAAGCUGCUCGAGCUCAUCCAGUCUAAGCUGCCGGACGAUGCUGAUACGGCGAAUGCUUCGGGUCUCACACGUCUCGAUAAGGUGGUCGACAUGCGCAAAACCGAAAUGUCACGCACUUCUGGCUUUGACUCCGCUGGCGGUGUGGACAUUGCCCUCGGUACGACCAAGCAGAAUCGAUCCACCGUCGACGUCAAGAAGCUUGAGAAGCAGGAAUCCAAGACGCGCGCCAAGCUCGCCAAACGUGCUCAACGCGACUUGUACGAAUCGAGCAAGCUCGUACAACAGUCCAAGCAGCAGGCGAGCUACGAAGAGCUCUUCCUCAAAGUCAACCCGCUCGAAAGCAUCGGCAACAAAGGAAAAAACAAGGACAUUCACCUCCCCAACAUCGACGUCAACUUUGGAAGCAAUCGCAUUCUCUCCAACGCUACGCUCACCAUCAAGGCCGGUCGCAGAGCCGGUCUCAUCGGUCGCAACGGUGUGGGUAAAUCUACGCUUUUGCGCAACAUGGCGCUGCGAGAGAUCCCCAUCCCUAUGCAGGUCUCAAUUCUUUACGUCGAGCAGGAGAUCGUCGGCGACGAUACUAGUGCGAUCGAAAGCGUACUCAAGGCCGACGUGUGGCGUGAGAAGCUGAUGCAGGAAGAGGCCGAGAUCAAUGCAGAGCUUCAGAAGCUCGAAGAUUCGGCAGCGGCUGCGGUCGCUGCUGCCAACGCCGCCGCCGCUCUCGUCGCUCAAAGUCAUACUGAAAAUGGGGACGGCGACGACGCUGCCGCUGCCGGACUCUCGCGCGGUUCGGCCGUCGACAUGCCCACACGACAACGCGAAAUCAAGCGAGAAGAGCUCUCUGCGCGCCUCGGCGAAGUGCAGGCCAAGCUCGUCGACAUGGAGGCCGAAACUGGUCCCGCACGAGCCGCCUCGUUGCUCAACGGUCUCGGCUUCAAGACGGAAGAUCAACUGCGCGCGACAAAGACGUUCAGUGGUGGAUGGAGGAUGCGUCUCGCGCUGGCACGUGCGCUCUUCUGCAAGCCGGACCUGCUCAUGCUCGACGAGCCGUCGAAUCAUUUGGAUCUCAACGCGCUCGCCUGGCUCGAAGACUACUUUGUAAACGAUUACGAAGGCACGCUGUUGGUGGUUUCGCACGACCGAGCUUUCCUGAACCGUGUGGCUACCGACAUUAUCCACAUGCACAGCGAGAGGCUUGACUACUACAAAGGCAACUUCGACCAGUUCUAUCAGACAAGGGAGGAGCGUCGACGCAAUCAGCUGCGAGAGUACGAGGCGGUGCAGCUUCAGCGUGCGACGUUGCAGGCAUUUAUUGACCGAUGGAGAGUCAACGCCAACCGGGCCGCACAGGCGCAGAGCAAGAUCAAGCAGCUCGAGAAACUGCCCAACAUCGAGCCGCCGGAGGACGACGACGUGGUGCACUUCCGCCUGCCGGAGACCGAGAAGUUGCCGUUGCCGUUGCUGCAGAUCAGCAACGUCACGUUUGGCUACCGCCCCGACCGGCUGUUGUUGAAGAGCGUCGAUUUCGACAUUACCCAGCAGAGCCGUGUUGCGGUGGUCGGACCGAACGGUGCGGGUAAGUCGACGCUGAUGAAGCUGCUCAUGGGUGAGAUUACCCCCUUGCAAGGCGACCAGAAACGCAACAGUCGACUGCGCGUCGGCUUUUUCAGCCAACACCACAUCGACCAGCUCGACCUCAACGCCAACCCGGUCACAUUUUUGCAGUCCAAGUACCCGGGCAAGACGGAACAGGAAUACCGCUCGCACCUUGGCGCCUUCGGCAUCAAAGGCAUGACGGGUCUGCAGAAGAUCGCUACACUUUCGGGAGGUCAGAAGUCGCGUGUGGCGUUCGCGCACAUCUCGAUGAUGCGCCCGCACGUGCUGCUGCUGGACGAACCGACGAACCACCUGGAUACUGAGGGUCUGGACGCGCUGUGCGAGGCUAUCAAGAAGUUCAACGGCGGCGUCAUUUGCAUCUCGCACGACGAGACGUUUAUUCACAACUGCAUGGAGGAGCUGUGGGUCGUCGACGACGGCAAGGUUGAGAAGUUCCACGGUGAUGUGGCAGAGUACAAGAGAAUCAUCCUUUCCAAGAACAAGGCUCGUGCGGCGAGGCCGUAA